CUAUACAUUUUUUAUCUAUUUUCUUGCAAGAAUAUUUAUUAUUAUACCGUGGAACAAGAAGGAAGAUAUCUGGAAACUAGUAGUCUUUUUCCUGCGUAUUUUACCAUUUUUAGGUAUCAUUUCUUUUUUUUUCCGCUAAGAUCCGCGUGGGAACUUUGGGGGACCAAUUCAAAGUCAUAUUUACUCAGAAAGCACGCCAACGCGGGAAAAAGGUUUUCUCAGGGCAUUUCAAAGAAGGAUAUAAAUCUACCCACUUUUUGCUGUUUUUGGAAUGUGUUUAUUCGCUUAGUUAAACUGAUUUCCUAGUAAUAUUCCAGUUGUGGUAAUUGUGUGCUUAUAUAUUGUUUGAUGUUCAGGGUUCGACCCAUUAAACUGAUCCCAAACCUUUUAGCAUAUUGUAAAGUCUAUACAGCAUCUUUCUACAUAAUCCCUUCAAUUUCCAAAAGACCUUGUCUGGGUUCACUUUUACCUUUCUGGCUUGGCUCUUCCAAAGGCCCAAAAUAUAAAAUCCCAUCCUUGAUUCAACAAUUGUCGGUUUCAACAAGUUCACUAGCAGUUCAAGAGCAAGUGAUGGCAGAAACUGGAGUUGAAUUACUCAAUUCAGUUGAUGAUCAACAUGGAGGAGUUCGAGUAGAGAUGAAAGAACCUAUGGAUCCCAAGAUUUUUUCUACGUUGCUAGAGGCUUCAAUAUCACACUGGAGGCAGCAGGGGAAGAAGGGUGUUUGGAUCAAAUUGCCUAUUGAGCUUUCUAGUCUAGUUGAUACUGCAGUGAAGGAAGGAUUUAGGUACCACCACGCAGAAUCUGAUUACUUAAUGCUAGUAUAUUGGAUUCCUGAUACUGUUGAUACUCUUCCUGUAAAUGCUACACAUCGAGUGGGAAUUGGUGCUUUUGUCACGAACCACAAGAGAGAGGUGCUUGUUGUUCAGGAGACUAGGGGCAAGUUUAGAGGUUCAGGUGUGUGGAAGUUGCCAACAGGGGUUACUAAUGAAGGAGAGGAUAUCUGUGAUGCAGCAAUUAGAGAAGUGAAAGAAGAGACAGGGAUUGAGACAGAAUUCGUGGAAGUUUUAGCAUUUAGGCAGAGUCACCAGGCAUUCUUUAGCAAAUCAGAUUUGUUUUUUGUUUGCUUGUUAAAACCUCGUUCCUUUGACAUUGAGAAGCAGGAUUCAGAGAUUGAGGAAGCUCAGUGGAUGCCAGUUGAAGAAUAUGCAGCUCAAGCCUUUGUCCAAAAACAUGAAAUGUUCAAUCUCAUAGCCAAAGUAUGCUUGGCAAAGUUGGACGCAGACUAUGUUGGUUUUUCUGCAGUGCCUACAACCACAGGUUCUGGCAAAAGAAGCUAUUUGUACUGCAACAACCACUAUAUGGGCUACAAAACUUCUUCUAGUAACAAUCAGCCAUGAAAGGUUGAUUCUCUACGAAUAACUCCAUAGCAUACUUGGAAAAGCUACAACGUUUUAGGAUCUUCAUAGUAGUUACGCCAGUAAGGGCUAAUCCAUGGCCAUAGUGGGCAAAAGGCUUAAUGCUUUUCUUUCUACUUUCCACUUUCCAUUUUCAUUUUGUUUUUCUUUCAAGAAAAAGGAUGCCAAUAUAGGUUUCUGUUUAUUCAUACAACGUAUUGCUGUGUGGCAAACAAUAUCAAAUGACCUCUCCUUGUAUACUGGAGUCCCGAUAAAGAUUGUCAAUGAAAAUAUCCGUUUGUUUAUUGCGUGA